GCCAAACCUCUAAGACAUCUGAAAAUUUAGUCAAUAUCACGAGGUUGCAAGUGACGUGCAUCCGGGAUUCGUGGCUCUGGUUGGUCUUCCCCCGAGGGACGAAAUGCUCCGAAGGAACGCCAGGUACUUCCGCAUGCUGGUGCUCGCCGGGGCCGCCUUCUGCCUCCUCAUGUGGGCCAGAAAUAUACGGCAGCAGCCACUCAGCUUCCAAGUGCAGAGCCGAGGCGACGGAGGCGACGGAGGCGACGCUCGUGCCCCCAGCGUCAGCCCGGACGCAUCGGCGGAGACGAGGGACGGCAACGAGACGGCCGAGGCAGCGCUGCCGCCUCCCGCCGCCGAAGUGGAGUCAAGCUGCCACCAAACGAUCCUCUCAAGUCUUGACCAAUUUUACGAGUUCAUUCACAGAAUCGACAUCAAGUGCACAAACCUAAUGCAGAUGGCGGGGCCCACAGACAACACCCUGUUAGAAGGGCGCCGCGUGUGUGUUGACGCCGAGUACUUCACGAGGGACCAGUGCCUCGCCUACCUCUUCGGCAUCAGGGGAGACUGGACCUUUGCCGAGGAGCUGGAGAGGAAGCUCGGGUGCAAGGUCUUCGUCUUCGACCCUUCCAUCGAGCAGGACGCCAGGAACCGCUCCUCCGGCAUCGCCUCCUACAGGUUGAGUGUGUCUUCGGAUUACGGUUUCUCAGGGGACCCGCCUAAGAAGGACCAGCUCUUGCGAAUCAUGGAGAUGCUAGGUCACGGGGAAUCGAGCAUUGACCUCCUGUGGGUCGAUAUGCCGGCCGGGGAAGAACUGCUCCUGCUCGAUGAUCUGUUCUCCUCGUCCCGGCAGAUUAUCGGGAACUUUAAGCAGAUCGGGGUCGAUGUUCAUCCCAUGAGUGAGGGCCUGACCGAGAGGAUCCGCAAGUACUGGCACUAUUUCCAGCAGCUGACGUGCCACGGCCUCCGUCUGGUCACCCGGCAGCCCAACAUCGAGUACGAGAACCUCUUUAAAUGGAACAACAGAACGAGGUCCAAGAUCUACGAGCUGCUGUGGGCGAGAGAGAUUUAGAUUCUGGGGGACUUUUUUUUAUCUGUCUCUUUUCUUUUCUUUUUUCUUUGUGAGGAUUUUUUUCUUCUUCUCUUUCGUUUGUUUUUGUUUGUUUUUUGUUUGUGAGUGUUGGUGGUGUUUUAGUUUUGUUUUUGUUUUUUUCUUCGGUUUAAAUUUUUUUCAGGUUUCUGUGUUGUUUAUGUGUAGAAUGUUCCUCUAUGAUGGCCGUUGCAGCACUGUGGUCAAUAAACUGCCAGUUCUAAUCUGUUUGUUUC